AUGUCUCUGAUUCCAAGUCUGUUUGGCAGCAGGAGCGUCUACGACCCCUUCUUGUCCGACAUCUGGGCACCGACUGGCGCGGGCGAAGUGUCGUCAUUCGCCAACGCACAGGUAGAUUGGAAGGAGUCGCCAGAGGCUCACAUUUUCAAGGCCGAUCUGCCGGGGCUAAAGAAGGAGGAGGUGAAAGUGGAGGUGGAGGAUGGCGGCAUACUUCAGAUCGGUGGCGAGAGGGCGGUUGAGAAGGAGGAGAAGAAUGAAAAGUGGCACCGUGUUGAGAGGGGGAAAGGGAAGUUCAUGAGGAGAUUCAGGCUGCCGCAGAAUGCUAAAGUGGAUGAGGUGAAGGCGGCGAUGGAGAAUGGGGUUCUGACAGUUACUGUUCCGAAGGUUCCGGAGAAGAAGCCGGCAACCAAAUCGAUUGAAAUCUCGGGUUGUAGUGAAUUCGAUAAGUGAUGGUGUUGUUUGUUUGGGUGAUGUGUAAUGAAUGGAGUUGAGUUGAAUAAAUCUGUGAAAAAAGUGUGAUCAAAUUUCGUUAAUCAAUAUGUUUUAGUAUAAAGUUUCAAUGUUGAUUUAAUAUCUCUAAUCUACUACUACUACUUUUGUUCA